GGAAUAUAUAUAUAUUUUUUAAGAGUAGUUGAAACAUUAAGCAAAGUGAAAGAUGUAGUUGAGAGGGUUAAUGAAUUUUAUUGGAAAUCUCGUGAUAGGAAAAUAAAGACAGACUAAUUAGAAGGAUAGUACCAUUACCAGCCCCAUCAUCUUUUCUUAUUUUAGCCAUAGCCAAUUGCAUAUCUUUAUCCAUAUCUUUUCUCUUCUUCUUCUUCAUUUCAAAGCUACUGGAGACUCUAAACAAGUGAAUCAUCUGUUCAAUUUCAGAUCGUUCAAGAUCCUUGAUAGAGGAUAAAGCGGGUUAAAAUGAACAUCCAGCAGAUGUCAAAGAAGGAUCUGAAGGUGGAGAUUCCAUCAGAGACUGAAAUUAUAUCCGGUGGUUUAGAGUCUCAUCCGGCACCAGCGUCUGGGCAAGGAGCGUCUGGACUUAGCAGACAGCCGAGUGUUACAAAGACCAGUUGCCUGUGCUCUCCAACCACGCAUGCCGGUUCAUUCCGUUGCAGGCUUCAUCGGGCCCCAAGUCUCCAGCGGAGCAAAAGUAUUGAUUCUCAAUCUGCAUCCCUUCGGCAUUCUACAUCUAAGCCAAAUUCUGCCACUACUGAAUGAUCUAGUAGUGCAGACAUAUGGGGCCUCAAUAAUUCUCAUCGUAUAUGUAUAUAUUAGUAUGUCAUGUGUGUUAUUGACUUGCUGCUAUAAAGGCUUUGCUUAAAAAAUAAUUGUUCUGCAUUAACUAUUUUCUUUGUUUUUCGCUGGAGUUUUUACUCUAUCUCCUUCUCAUGGUUAAUUCAAGCAUGCUUGUGACAUGUAUUAAACUUGAUUUUCUUGAUUAGUUUUUUCCCAAGUUUGUUUAAAGAUUUAUAUGGUAAAGUUGUUUUG